GAGGCGUUCCCCGGCCAGGUUAGGGUGUCCUUGCAGGGUGUCUUGUGCUAAACUUCACCAAAUAAUAGCUGUUUGUAUUUUGGCUGCAGCAGUGGCCAUUUUAGAUGAGAAACAAUAAUUUAUAAUAAUGAAAAUACAGAAACAAGAGUCACAGCUGCCCAACCUAAAAGCACUUAGCUACUCACCAAUGUCUAGUGCCUCCAUAUCCUGCGAGCGGCAGGUCCUCGCCCCGUUUUCCGAAUCGAGCCUCGAGGACUUCCACCCGGUGACGCUUCUGGACACCCCGGCUGAACUCCUGUCGGAGAAUGAACUGUACCCCGGGCAGGAGACCUGCGAGCUCAGCUCCGUGGCCAAUCUGAAUGGGAUGGAGGACAGUGGCGGGGGUGGGACGGGGGUGAAGAAAAAACGUAAAAAAAAGGACCUGGGGGAAGAGAAGGAAACUAAACCAAAGAAAAAGAAAGAACCCAAGAAAGAAAAAGUGAAAGAACCCAAGAAAGUCAAGGAGCCCAAGGAACCCAAGCAGCCCAAGAUACCCAAGGAACCGAAAAAGCCCAGGAAGCCCAAGGAGCCGAAACCUCCGAAAGAGAAAAAAGCGAAUUCUGACGCGGUUGCUAAAACCAAAUCUAAGAAAACAAGCAAAGAACAGGGACCAACUCCAGUGGAGAAAAAGAAGAAAGGGAAGAGGAAAGUUGAAGUGUGUGACGACAGCCUGGAGGGGGAGCUCUCUAUGCUGAACUCCGGAUCUCAGAGCACAGAGGAGUCCACAGAGUCCCUAGACAGUCAGAAGAGGAGGUCCGGACGCCAGGUGAAGCGGAGGAAGUACAACGAAGAUCUCGACUUCAAAGUGGUGGACGAUGAUGGAGAAACCAUUGCUGUGUUGGGUGCCGGGAGAGCGUCUGCUUUAUCUGCAUCCAUGCUGGCGUGGCAAGCUGAGGAGCCGCCUGAAGAUGACGCCAAUAUAAUAGAGAGGAUUCUGUCUUCAAGAAUAGUCCAGAAAGAGUUCACCCCUGGAGGAAUGCCAAUGGAGGUGGAGGAAUUCUAUGUUAAGUACAGAAAUUUUUCCUAUCUCCACUGUAAGUGGGCGACCCUUGAAGAUCUAGAAAAGGAUCCAAGGAUCCAGCAGAAGAUCAAGAGGUUUCGAAACAAGCAAGCACAGAUGAAGCACAUCUUCACCGAGCCAGAUGAAGAUAUGUUUAACCCGGACUAUGUGGAGGUGGACAGAGUAUUAGAAGUUGCUCAUACAAAGGACUCUGAUACCGGAGAGGAGGUGACGCAUUACCUGGUGAAAUGGUGUUCACUGUCCUAUGAAGAAAGCACCUGGGAGCUGGAGGAAGAUGUCGAUCCAGGCAAAGUGAAAGAGUUCGACGCCCUACAAGCCUUCCCGGACAUCAAUGUGACGGAGAGACCAUCAUCCGAAAGCUGGCAGAAGUUGGUGUGUUCUCGUUUGUACAAAAAUAAUAAUCAGCUGAGAGAAUACCAGCUGGAGGGCAUGAACUGGCUUCUCUUCAACUGGUACAACAGGAAGAACUGUAUUCUUGCUGACGAGAUGGGUCUGGGUAAAACCAUCCAGUCCAUCACCUUCAUCUCCGAGAUCUGCUUCAUGGGCAUCCGAGGACCAUUUCUUAUUAUUGCUCCGCUUUCCACCAUCACCAACUGGGAGCGGGAGUUUCGCACGUGGACAGAGAUGAACGCCAUCGUGUACCACGGGAGCCAGAUAAGCCGGCAGAUGAUCCACCAGUACGAAAUGUUCUACAGGGAUUCUCAGGGGAAUCCUAUUCCAGGAAUCUUCAAAUUCCACGUGGUCAUCACAACGUUUGAGAUGAUUCUAGCCGACUGUCCGGAACUGAAGAAAAUCCGCUGGAGUUGCGUCAUCAUUGAUGAAGCUCAUCGGCUUAAGAACAAGAACUGCAAGCUUCUGGAGGGGCUCAAACUCAUGGGACUGGAACACAAGGUUCUCCUCACUGGCACCCCCCUGCAGAACUCCGUGGAGGAGCUGUACAGCUUGCUUAACUUUCUAGAACCGAACCAGUUCCCUUGCGAAAACGCUUUCCUUGAGGAGUUUGGAGACCUAAAGACUGAGGAGCAGGUGAAAAAAUUACAGUCUAUCCUGAAGCCGAUGAUGCUGAGGAGAUUAAAGGACGACGUGGAGAAGAACCUCGCUCCGAAGCAGGAAACCAUCAUCGAGGUGGAGCUGACCAACAUUCAGAAGAAGUAUUACCGGGCGAUCCUGGAGAAGAACUUUACAUUCCUGGCCAAGGGAGCGAACCAGCAUAACAUGCCCAACCUCAUCAACACUAUGAUGGAGCUGCGGAAGUGCUGCAACCAUCCGUAUCUCAUCAAUGGUGCAGAGGAGAAGAUUCUGGAGGACUUCCGCAAGACUCACAGUCCCGACGCACACGAUUUCCAGCUCCAAGCCAUGAUCCAGGCAGCCGGGAAGCUUGUACUGAUCGAUAAGCUAUUGCCAAAGCUGAUCGCUGGUGGACACAAGGUCCUUGUCUUCUCCCAGAUGGUGCGGUGUCUGGACAUCCUGGAGGACUAUCUCAUCCAGAGGAGAUACACAUACGAACGAAUAGAUGGAAGAGUAAGGGGCAACCUCCGCCAAGCCGCCAUUGAUCGAUUUUGUAAACCGGACUCUGAUCGCUUUGUAUUUCUGCUCUGCACUCGGGCAGGAGGCCUGGGGAUCAACCUGACCGCCGCAGACACCUGCAUUAUCUUCGAUUCCGACUGGAACCCUCAGAAUGAUCUGCAGGCCCAGGCUCGCUGUCAUCGUAUCGGUCAGAGUAAAGCUGUGAAGGUUUAUCGUCUGAUCACCAGGAAUUCUUAUGAGCGGGAAAUGUUCGAUAAGGCGAGUCUUAAGCUGGGGCUGGACAAGGCCGUUCUGCAAGACAUUAAUAGAAAAGGCAACACCAAUGGAGUGCAGCCGCUGUCUAAAAUAGAGGUUGAAGAUCUCCUUAGGAAAGGCGCAUAUGGCGCCCUCAUGGAUGAGGAAGAUGAAGGGUCUAAGUUCUGUGAAGAAGACAUUGAUCAGAUCCUACAGCGCAGAACACAGACCAUCACCAUCCAGUCUGAAGGGAAGGGAUCCACGUUUGCCAAGGCCAGCUUUGUGUCCUCCGGUAAUAGGACGGACAUCUCUCUAGACGACCCCAACUUUUGGCAAAAAUGGGCCAAGAUCGCUGAGCUGGACACGGAUGCCAAAAACGAGAAGGACAGUUUAGUCAUCGACCGCCCGCGAGUACGGAAGCAAACAAAACACUACAACUCCUUCGAGGACGACGAGCUGAUGGAGUUCUCGGAGCUGGAGAGCGACACCGAGGAGCGACCAACCAGGUCACGGCGGCUGAACGAGAAGACGCGGCGAUAUCUGCGGGCAGAAUGCUUCAGGGUGGAGAAGAAUCUUCUCAUAUUUGGCUGGGGACGCUGGAAGGACAUCCUCACGCUCGGCCGAUUCAAGUGGCAUUUGAAUGAGAAAGAUAUGGAGAUGAUCUGCCGGGCUCUGCUGGUGUAUUGUGUCAAACAUUACAAAGGAGACGACAAGAUCAAAAGCUUCAUCUGGGACCUGAUCACUCCCACCAAGGACGGACACAACCAGGCCCUGCAAAACCACUCAGGUUUAUCUGCACCAGUCCCACGCGGGAGAAAAGGAAAGAAAAUGAAGAACCAGAUGUUGCUCCCAGAGAUUAAGAAUGCAGAUUGGCUCCCGAGCUGCAACCCUGAGAUCGUCCUGCACGACGACAGCUACAAAAAGCAUCUGAAGCAGCACUGCAAUAAGGUCCUCCUGCGAGUGCGUAUGCUGUACUACCUCAAGGCGGAGGUUCUGGGAGAUGCUGCUGCCAAGGCCUUGGAAGGUGUAAAUGUAAGAGACUUGGAUGUCCUGUUACCUGACAUAGAUUAUGUAGAGAUCCCUGUGGACUGGUGGGAUGCGGAGGCCGAUAAAUCUCUCCUGGUCGGAGUUUAUAAGCAUGGUUAUGAGCGUUACUGCGCCAUGAGAGCUGAUCCGGCCCUUUGCUUUCUGGAGAAAGUGGGAAUGCCGGAUAAGAAUUCCUUGUCGGCUGACGGAGUUACUGAUGUGGCUCCUGAUGUAGCAGAGCGGUGCAGUGGAGAAAAAGAAGAAAUUAAUGAAAGUAAAGAGGAAGGACAGCAAGAGGCAGGAAAAACUCCUGGUGUAAACAUCGUGGAGCCGAUAGAGGAGGAGAGCGAUCCAGCCCAGGAUAGCCCUGAAUCAGACAGACUAUCAUGGCCCGUCGCCUCCGCACUGACCGCGAGACUUCGCCGGCUCAUCACCGUGUAUCAGCGCUGCAAUCGCAAGGAACUGGCGCGUCCGGAGAUCUUGGCUCCCACCAACCACAGCUAUUGGCUCCAGGAAGAGAUGGCCAGGAGGGCCGAGAUGGAUCCCAUUAUGAAGGAAAUGCAGAAGAGGUGGACCAGAAGAGAACAAGCUGACUUCUAUCGGACGGUGUCCUCUUUUGGAGUAAUAUAUGAUCCAGACAAGAAGUGCUUUGAUUGGACGCAGUUCAGAGCAUUGUCCCACCUCGAUAAGAAGACAGACGAGAGCCUAGAGAAAUACUUCCAUAGCUUUGUUGCCAUGUGCCGAAACGUCUGUCGCCUUCCGCUCAGAAAAGGUGACGGUUCGGCAGAUCCGUCUCUGUUUUUGGACCCAAUAACAGAAGAACGUGCGGCAAGGACCUUGUAUCGUAUAGAACUUCUGAGGAAGGUCCGUGAGCAAGUGUUGAGGCAUCCGCAGCUUCACGAGCGCCUGAAGCUGUGUAGGCCUAGUCUGUAUCUUCCGGUGUGGUGGGAAUGUGGCAAACAUGACAGAGACCUUUUAAUCGGCACGGCCAAACACGGACUUAGCCGUACGGAUUACUACAUCAUGAAUGAUCCUCAGCUCUCCUUCUCGGAUGCUUUCAGAAACUAUUCCCAGCAUAGUAGGAAUGGCGGCGAGAACCUGUGUUGUCAUUACCAAAUGUCUUCGAAAGCAUACGAGCCUUCUGGUUGUCACCUUGAAAGGCCAAACGGGUCUGAGAAGACGGAGGCCGAGACCGAAAUAAAGUCUGAAGCUGUGGAAGAACCCAUCGAAAGUCGAAUGUGUAGCCCUCAGGAUCUUUCCUGUGAAAAUUUAAUUUCCCAAGUCAUGUCGAACAACCAAGACGAGUGUGCUCUGCCCGACUCUCUCAUGUGCAUGAUGUAUGACGAGAAGGUGUGUAACAGCGCUCUUCUGCAGACAAGCUGCGGUGAGCAAACCUCUCUCGCCUCAAGCUUCUUGGGCAUAGUCAAAAGUGAAGCAACAGACUACUCGUUGAGUAAGACCAAAGAAAGGAAUUUAACCCAAGAAGAGGAACCUGUAUCCAGAGACUGCUUCCUGGGGAGCAAUGGUCAGGAGUGUGAUCCUUUAGAAGGACAAGAUGGAUUGGGAAAACCAUUCAACAGCAACGAUAGUCAUCUUAGCUUAUCUCCUGAGGAUGAGGAGCAACCACACGCCGAAAACAUUGGAGAAAAAGACUCUCUAAAUGAUAAUCAUUUUUGUACGAAUCUCGAUGAAACUGCCGAGCAAUCUUUGGGUCUAGAACUUGAGUUUCUGGACAAAACCUUUGAGGAACCUUCAGUUCUGAGCACUGGUCUUAGUGAAGAAAAAAGCUGCGGUAUAAUCGGGGAAAGCCCUCAAAGCCCAAACUGUAAUGUUCCAGUAGAGGAGAAGGAGGACUGGGGGGCGGAACUACAGGAAAUUAAGGAUGACCCCAUUGUGAAAUGGCACAAGGAGUUGGAUGAUAUGAAGGACCUCCCGUUGGACGAAUGCGGUGACGAGCACAAAGUGAAAGACUUGAGCGAACAACAUGAAGUCACGAAGCCGGAGGAAAGUUGCUCUGCACAACUCUUGGACGAAGAUAAAGACUUUACGGAGUCUAAACACAAAACGGGAGAAAUGCUUUCUGACCUCUUAAAGCAGAAUGCAGAAGAUCCGAAAGUCCAAGACUCUGACGAAAAACCGAUAGACUGCUCCAAAUCCCUUUCUGACGGGAAUGUGAAACUGGAGCUCUGCGAAGUUAAGAAAGAGAACAUCGAGGAGGAAUGUGGGUGUAAGAAAGAGGCCACACACUACGACAGAACGUGGAUGUGGAAGUCUGAACCUGCAGAGCUUCUUGAGAAGUUUCCGGAAGACGAGGCUAAAAGUUGCACAAUGUCCAACACUAAGGAAGUAGCGCAGGAUUUUCAGGACGGCCGAGCCCCGACCAUCGCCCAGCUACUGCAGGAGAAAACCCUGUAUUCCUUUUCCGAGUGGCCUAAGGAUCGAGUGAUCAUAAACCGGAUAGACAAUAUUUGUCAUUCGGUGCUGAAGGGGAAAUGGCCGUCCUCCAGCCAGCAGUUUGAGGCGCAGUGCAUGGUGCCAUCCGUGUUAAACAGCAACCUGUGUCCGAGGAGCAGCUACAACACCGCAGAAGCACAAAACUCAACCUAUAGCAAUGGCUCUCCUGGGUCACAAGUGCAGAAGGAAACCUUCAAUUCCGCGGCAUUUUCAAACGAGGAGCGGAAGCAUAGAAGACCAUUCGAGUUUGAGAGCGAGAGGGCGGAGGCCAAGCCCCGGGGUAUGCAGCAUCUCAGCUCUCCUCUGGGAAGGACCAGUGCGGCGCUGAACGGAUGGAGAGAGACCGCCAUGGAACUCUGCCGAGAACAGGCCGCGGGGGGCAGCGCCACCUAUUCCAUCAAUAGCAGCACACCCAAAAUGGCUGCCAUGAGCGGCCUGCAGAGUUCUUUGGGAAUGGACUUGUCGGGAAUCUUGCAGGCCGGACUCAUCCAUCCCGUGACGGGACAGAUUGUUAACGGAAGCUUGAGGAGAGAUGAAUCGUCCUUCAGGAGGAGAAGAGGAAGAAGAAAAAAUGUCGAAGGGAUGGAUCUGGUGUUUCUAAAAGAACGAGGGAUGCACGCGGGAAUUGUGGGGCUACGUGAAGACUCUUCUCAGCUAGGCUCCGCCCAUACGGAAGGAUCUGUCGCUUCUUCACAUUCUGCAGCAUCAGCCACUAAGUCGCAGCCUGAGAAGGUGAUUCCUAACAAGAGCCUCCUGGAGUGGCUGCGCCAGCAGUCGGACUGCGCAAUAGACAUACCGACGUAUGCGGGUAGUUUUUCAGACAAACCCAAACCCAGGCGCACACAAUGCAAGGAUCCUAGUAAGGCGGACAUGGGCAUCCUCACCGGAGAAGACAGGAUCUCCGCUGCGAGCAAAGACGCAGGGCGAAGGGCGUUCCUUCCCGAAGCCAAGUACAGCAGGAUAUUAUCGGAUACUAUCGCACGUGACGCAGGGCCCAGGAGGAGAGGAAGACGACCACGUAGCGACCUGAUAAAGUCCCCAGGAAUUGUGGCCUCCGAUACCUCAUCGUCCGGCAUGAACCCACUUUUUAUGAACGGCCUUAUCGCUGGAAUGGAUAUAGUGGGAUUACAAAACAUGAGAAAUAUGCAGGGUAUUCCACUGACGGGGUUGGUGGGGUUUCCUACCGGAUUCGCGGCGGUGUCUGCCAACGAGGACGUGAAGAACACUUUGAGCAUGUUACCCAUGAUGCUUCCUGGUAUGACCACCAUGCCGCAGAUGUUUGGCGUCGGAGGGAUCAUUAACCCUCCCAUCUCCUCCUCCGUGCCGUCGUCUUUAGGAAGCACAAUCAAAGGUGCGGAGAAAGCCACAGAGGACAAGGACUGCAGCCAAGAAGGUACGCAGGAUUCCGCGCCUUCAGACAAAACGCCGGGCGCUGCCUUCAAAGAGCAGACGGAACCAGCAGUGACUACGAGCAGCCCGGUAGCUUAUAACCCAUUCCUCAUUCCCGGCAUGUCCCCGAGUCUGCUGUACCCUUCCAUGUUUCUGUCGCCGGGCAUCGGCAUGGCAAUACCAGGGGUGCAGUCCAGCCGCUCGUCGGAGGCGGGAAGCCACGAUCCGCAAAAGCGGAAGAGAAAGAAAGUAAAGGGGGACCCUCAGGCUUCGGAAGCGGAGCCGACAGAGCAGGAGCAGCCGUCACCCGGUGGCCAGAACUGUGUAGAUAAAAGUGACACUCAAGCCUCCGAGAAGGACGAGGACGAUACUGGUUUAAGAGAAACUCCGGACUCUACUAAAUAGAACUACGACCCCCCCCCUCUUUAAAAUUGUGACUUGUGAGUUCUCUUUCUCAUGAAUAUUUCUUACACUCUGGAGUGUCCAUCAGUAAACAAAAAAAAUUCUACCUAAACCACUUCCCCGCUAUCUCCGUGGUGCGUCUGUAACACCUGGACUCUUACGGUAGACCAAAAACUACAAAACGUGGAUGUUGUAGGAAAACGGAAAAAAAAAGUUCAGUUCAUUUUAUUAUUAUUUUUAUUUUUUUUUGGUUAUUUCCAUUCCAUAGAUCAUUUCCGAAACUAACGAUCCCGACGCCACCCCCCGUAACAAAGAUCAGGCUCUUGACUUGAUUUCUUAAAGGCACAGUGUUGCACAAAGCCUUAAAGCAGCAAAUCCCCUUCAUCCAAAGACAGGCUUUUGGCUAAAGCAAUAUACCCGGUGCUGUCCGCAGUCAGCGUUGAUGUAAAAGCGAAUUCUGAGCUGCGUCUUAUUCUGUUUUGUUGUUUGUGUGUGUGUAUACGUGUUUACCGGCUGCGCAGUGGGCUUGAAAAAAAAAAAAUUAUGAUGAUUUGAAAAGAUUUCCACUAGCCGCAAAGUUGGGACUAAUCCGAGGCAUCGCAGGCAUUACUGUAUUGAUAAAAAUGUGAACCCCUCCCCCCCCCCCAAUUUUAUAAUUAUCGCUGCGAUUCGUGGUAACAGGAGGCAGACCUGCAGUUUAUUAAGAAUGUAUAUGGAAGGUUAUAGUGCAAUAUUUUCAGCUGUUCCAAGAU